GUAGUGUCUACUUCCGGGCAAUGUGAUUCUUAUUAUAUGGUGAUGGUGUAAUAAUGUUAUCUUUGUCAGUUGCAUAUAGAUAUAGAUCUAGAUCUAAUUUAUAAACAUUUUUAAGCAUACCUUAGAUAUAGAACUGCAUUCUAUUAGAGAAGAAUAAAAUUAUGGCUACUUUGACUUGUUUAUCUUGUAAUGUCGGGUUUGAAGACAUUUCUUUAGGUCGACUUCAUUAUAAAACAGACUGGCAUCGUUAUAAUUUGAAAAGAAAAGUUGCAAAUCUAUCUCCAGUUACUUUGGAAAAGUUUCAAGAAAGACAACAGCUGCACGAAAAGCAGGAACAGGAUACCACAGCAGUGCAAGAAACAUGCUUUUGCAAACCAUGUAACAAAUCUUUUAGCACUACUAAUGCUUUGGAAAAUCAUAUCCAGUCUAAGAAGCACAAAGAAGUGCUGUCUGGAGCUCUUAAACCCAAGAGAGGAAGCAAGAAACCUAAAAUUCAUAACAACUCCCAAACUGCUCCUGUCAACUCCAUUAUAGAAACAUCUGAUGUUGGUACAGAUAUCCAAGUUGAUGAAGAAGAUUCUGACACAGAGUCGUGUGACAGUUUUAGUGACACAUUCGGCCUUGAACAAUGUUUGUUCUGUUCGUUCAUUAGUUCUUCAUUAGAGGACAAUGUUAAACAUAUGACAAGUCAUCAUGGAUUUUUCAUUCCUGAUGCUGAGUUCAUCAGUGAUUUGGAGGGAUUAAUAAUCUAUUUAGGAGAAAAAGUUAGUGAUGGUCAUUUGUGUUUGUGGUGUAAUGAAAAGGGGAAAAGGUUUCAUUCCACCAAAGAUGCUCAGAGACAUAUGAUUGAUAAAGGCCACUGCAAAAUGUUACAUGAAGGGGAUGUGAUAUAUGAAUAUGCAGACUUCUAUGACUACACAUCCAGUUAUCCAGAUGCUGGAAAUUCUGCUACAGAUCCAGAUGAAGCAGUAGAUGUAGAAGAACUGGAAACAGAUGGGUUCUCUUUAACUCUACCGUCAGGAGCAACUAUUGGGCACAGAUCUCUGAUGAGAUAUUACAAGCAAAACUUAAUCCCUCAUAUUCAUGAGCCGACAAAGAAAAUACUCCCCAAGAUGUUGGCACACUAUAAAGCUCUUGGUUGGACUGGUUCAACAGGCACUCAAGUUGAAUCAAGAGUUAAAGACUUGCAGUACAUGCAAAGACUACGUUCCCAGUACCACAUGCAGUUGGGUUGCAAGGCUAAUAACUUGCGCCAUCGCUUCCGCAAUCCUAAUCCUAUUUGAAUAAUAGCGCUGUUUCAGUUGAAUAUGUUUUUGGCCCUCAAAGAAAUUUGUUAUGCCUGUGAUUUGUUUAAAUUGAGCUGUUUCAUUUUAGUUUCUAUAACAUGAAUACCAUAAUAAACAUUAUAAGUGAAUUUUUUCCUACUCAUUCAAACUGACUACCAUCCUGCAUAAGUUGUGGUUAGCUAUUUAUUAACAUUAUGAAAGAAAAAGUUAUUUUCCCUUUUUUUGAUAUGUGUCUGGGUGAUGUGUAGUAAUGAGAUAUGGACUGCAUUCAAGUCGGAAUAAUAAAGUUUUAGUAUUGAUUGUUGGUUUAAUUUUAAGACAUCAACAUUCUAUUCUGUCUGAAAGGGUAAAAAGAUUGAAAAUAAAUAUAUAAUCAUCAUUGUGAAUCUUAUAUUGCGCUUCUACAGACACAGACACUGACAAAUUUACUCACAAAUAAUAAUAAAAUGAUGUGAAUAAACUCAAUAUUCAGUAUUUCUCAAA